GUAACCUAAAUAAGUGUUUACAAAAUGCAGACGGGUCGAAUAUGUUUUCAGCGUUAUUGUAUUAGGAAACGCAUUUUUUACAAGUAUUUAAAAGAGAAUAGCAUUGUUCGUUGUAUGAUCUCUAGCAAUGUCAACGGCACCGGAUCCAUCAAUUGGAGUGAAAUUUAUAACCGACAAAAGAAGAAACUACAAGAAAAUUUCAAGGAUCCUGUGCAGAUCAAUCCUAAUGCAAUUUUUGCAAACAAUGAAACUUCUCUCAGUGAAAUAGACAUUUAUGGAUUUGACUAUGACUAUACACUGGCUUGUUACAAACCUGAAUUGCAUUAUCUGAUUUUUAAGCUUGGACAAGAGGCUUUAAUUCAGAAAUAUGGGUAUCCAUCGGAACUUAUUAACAUAGAAUACUGUCCUGACUUUGCAGUAAGAGGUUGCCAUUAUGAUGUUAGAAAGGGCCUUUUGCUUAAACUGGAUUCCUUCCAUAAUAUACAGCUGGGUACUGUUUACAGAGGUACCAAGGCCCUCAGUGAUGAGGCUGUAAAAACCUUGUAUGGUGGAAUCCAUGUUUCUCUUGAGGACAUGAACACAUUUUAUGGAACAGGUCCCAUGUACCAGUUGGUUGACUUAUUUGCUCCUCCAGAAAUGACCCUCUUGUGCAAUUUGACUGAUUUCUUCAUGGAAAAUGGAAUACCAUAUGAUCCAGAAUAUGUGUUUCAUGAUGUUCGUUCUGCAGUGCAAGGUGUUCACACUUCUGGUCAACUCCAUAGUCAGAUAUUGGCUGAUUUAGAAACAUAUUUAGACAAAGAUUCUGGUACAAGUGAUUUAUUAGAAUCACUGGUGAGCCAGGGAAAACAACUUUUUUUGAUCACAAACAGUGGCUUCCCCUUUGUAGAUGCUGGAAUGAAGUUCUUGAUAGGGAAUCACUGGAGAGAUCUUUUUGAAGUCAUCAUUACAAAAGCUAGAAAACCCAAGUUUUUCAAUGAAUCAAAAAGACCAUUUAGAAUCUAUGAUCCACAAACCAAUAGUGAAUCAUAUGACAGGGUGCUGAAGUUAAGCAAAGGAAAAAUUUACCAACAGGGAAAUUACUACAUGCUACAGGACAUGACUGGGUGGUAUGGAUUCAAUGUACUGUAUUUUGGAGACCAUGUUUACAGUGAUUUGGCAGAUCCUUCUUUGAAGCAUGGAUGGAGAACUGGAGCAAUCAUACCAGAGUUAGAAAGGGAAAUCAUAAGGUCCAAUUGUUUGGAAUACCAGCAAGCAGUUAAAUGGUUAAAUAUUUUGCAGAACCUAAUCGAAAAUGCCCAGAUGGACACAACACAGGAUACAACUGAAAUAAGGCAGUCCUGGCUCGAUGAAAGGAAGGAAAUCAGAAAUUACACGAAGUCUCUUUUCAAUGCCCAAUUUGGAAGCAUAUUCAGGACUUAUCAUAAUCCAACCUACUUUAGUCGGAGAUUGGCCCGCUUUGCUGAUUUGUACAUGUCUAAUGUUAGAAAUCUCUUGAAUUAUCCCAUAGAGCAUACAUUUUAUCCACGUAGGAUGGAACUUCCACAUGAACCUCAUGUUUGACAUAAGAUUUGUAUUUAUGUAUAAAAACUUUAUUUAUCACUUAUAUUAGUGCAUUAUUAAGGUCAGAUGACAUGUUCCUCAAUUUUAUAUAACUUUUUCCAGGAAAUUUGUCAUUGAUUUACUACUACUUUGACAAGCUUUCUUGCACAAAAUUGGGAUACCUUACCAGGCAUUUCUACAAAAUACUAGAGUAUGCAAUUUCCUAUAUAAUCUUCUUGUAACUACCGGUACACUUGAAUUGCUGAUAUAAAAAUUUAUAUACUUAUAUAUACAUCACAGGGAAAUUCAUUUUGUCAGAGCUCCACCUCGGCCGGGGCCAGGGUUUGAACCCAGGACCUAUGGAACCUACAUUCCUAGCAGUGAGCGGCCACCGCUGUAACCACUCGGCCAUCUAGGCCCAUAAAUGCAAAAAAAUAAAAUUCUAAUCAUUUUAACAAUGAUUUUAAAUAAGAAAAAAAUAUUGGAACUCUUUAUUUUGAGGAAAUACAAAAAAGAUGCUCAAAGAAUGUGUCAUCUGACCUUAAUAUAUACCAGAUAAAAUAAUUUAUUUAUGAAAUUGAUAACAAAAAGAAUCAUGGUUUUGAUUAUUACAUAAUGAAGCUUUAAUAAAUCUAUCUUCAAUUUUAAAGAUCAGUAUCUUUUGUCACAUUACAGAUUUGUUGAUGUUUUUAAUACAAUUUUUGUUCAUAAGAUGUGCUUAUCUUUGUCUUUGCUUUUAACGUUGUUGUGUGAUCGAUUUAUUAAAUAAAAUGAUGUAAAAGAAACAAAUUAAAUCUAUGAAUUAUUA